GGUCGUUCUUUGACCCCCUUUUAAGCUCUAUAUAAUGGCACCAGCCCUCAGAGAAGGUACCAUCAGGUCUUAGACAUCCAGUAGAAAAGGCAAGCCUUACUCAGUCUACAACCAUGAAGUUCUCCCUCAUCGCCGCAAUUGCUGUUGUUCUGGCCAUUGGCUCUGAGUCUGCAAGCCUGGUCAAGAGAGAAAGUCCUGAUAUGCUUCCUGAGUUCGAGAAGAUCACCAAGUAUUUCCAGGAUAUGGUCGACAGCCUUAAAGUCAUUGAGGCCCCUCAGCUGGCUGACAAGGCCAAGGCUUACAUUGAGGAGAGCAAAGCCCAGCUGCAGCCCAUGGUUGAGAAUCUCCAUGAGCAGCUGAAGCCCCUUUCUGGCAACAUUGAGGAUCAGUUCAAGCCCCUGGCUGACUCCAUGCAGGCACAGAUCACCUCCUACGGCAACAUCAUGCAGGCCCAGGUUGAGGAUUUGUUCAAGUUUGUGGUUGACCAGACCAAAGCCAUUUUGCCACCCCAGUAAAUAAAACUUCACCAGAAAAAUUGUCUCGUGAUUACAAGAAAUGACAUCACAUGACAGUCUAAAAUAAAGACGUUAAAAGACUUA